AUGAAGCUCAUACAACUGGUGAAGAUGAAAGUGAUGUUUCGCAGGCUGAGGUUUGCUCUGACUGAGACAACUCAUGAGUGUAUCACAAGGUAUUGUACUGCUGAUUUAAACUUUGACACUGAAUGACACUUGACUUAGGCCUAGCCUGUGUAUUUUCAGCUUUCUAUAAGAAUGCAGAUAUGCCCCUACUCUCUAUGGCUAUUAAAAGUUGUGGCUAGACUAUUAGGAAUUAUUUUCACAUUGUCUGGACAUUUAUGUCAGCUUCUUUGGAAGGAUGUUGACCAGUAGAAAUCUUGCAAUAAAAAUGUGUGGAACAAAAUAAUUUAGCAAUAAAUAGGGUAGACUAUUCCUUUGUUCAGGACCAUAUAAAAUGUCAUGGGUAUGUCCACAGUUGGAGACAGCUCGAUAUGACAAAUGUGUGAGAGCUGUGUCACUACUGAGCAGUAGUGUUCAAUAGGUGAACGAUUUGUAUAACGCACAUCAAACGGAUGCCAAUUAAUUAGUUUUCAAGAGGCUAUUUUAACUAUUGUAACUCUCUUUUUGUAUCUGAAUUUUGAAUGUGAUUUAUGGGUUUUCAGUUAUCGGUCAUGAUAGCAGUCUGACCUAAAGUUGGGAGUCGGUUCUGCUUUUCUGUGUUAUGUCUUGGUAAUGGUCUCUCAGUCUUUGUCAUUGGAGAAAAUUCUUGUUUUGCGUUGCUUCCUGAAACUAACCCUACUCCAUUAGGAUCCCUGUCACUAUAUUACUAUUGUGUAAAGGCUAUUGUGACACUCAAUGUUUUAUUUGAUGACCCCCAACUAUUGACCAUAGAUUUGUGAAGAGGUUACUGGAAAGUGUGGAAUUGAUCUGAAACUACUCUGACGUGCCGAUAGUAACUCUGAACCUAAUGGUACAUCACCCACUAAUGAAAAGUCUAUGGUCUGCCCUUCAAUAAUGAUCACUUGCCCUCAAUGCCGCCUUGUCUAGUGCCAUCCCACCAAUGUUAUCACCAAUGGUAUAUAGUAUCAUGAACUGUCUCAUGUGUGCAACUCCAUUUGUAAGCUCCUUAACUCUCUUCCUCUCUCCCUCUCUCCCGUCUCUCUCCUCUACAGGUCAACAGAGAAAAUGUCAGGAAACAGCCUGGUUUUACCCAUAGUGCUGUGGGGCCGUACGGCGCCCACUCACUGCAUCUCCAGCCUGCUGGUCAUGGAUGACCUCACCACCAUCAUCACCGGCUGCCAUGAUGGACAGAUCUGCAUCUGGGACAUGACCUCCGACCUCGAGGUAAGCCUGACAUGACCUUUGACCUCCAAACUUGCGUUUUGGCCAGAAGGAAAACAUGGCACUCAUUCUGGUCAAACAUGGACUCGGUGCAUCAUCAGGGUUGUCUUCAGUGUGGUGUAAUGUAGCAAAAUGUUUUGAAACUGCAUACGAGAAUCAAAAAACGUUCAACGAGAGUGGGGAGGGGCGCAAAGUUUUUGGGAGGAUUUUAGUUUUGGUCAUAAAAGAUUGUAAAAUCACCAGGGUUUCAAUUAGGAAAUCUGUUCCCAAUUAUUCCGACAAAUAAAAAAACAUGUGAUCCAGUCUCAAUGUAAUCAAGGGAUGAAAUCAAACGUGUGGCCUUAUCGGGGCUUUCUUUUGCAAAAUUACUAUGAAUUAACAAAAUGGUCAGUUGUCAACACCAUGUUAAGGUGUGGGACAUUCAUUGUAUGAAAAAAAAUAAAAACUAGCAGGUGUAUUUCGCUCCAGCAGAUAGCAUUAUCUGUCCGUCCACAAUUCACCUGUGGGAACAUGGCGGCUCUCAACACCAGACAGCAGAAAGAGCUAUCCGAGAGAUUGUUUGUGAGGAGAUUAUCUCUGCCCUCGACAUGCAAUUAAAACAGGUAAAUGAAUCACUCACGUUGCUCACUUCUGAAGUGGAUGCCUAUUCAACUAAAGUGGAAAGUUUGGAGAAGGCGGCCAACGCGACAGAGGUGCAACUCCAUGACCUGGAAACAGCGCGAGCUAAACCAGAAGGUGCAAUCAAUCUCCCAAAAUUAGAAAAUGGAAUCACUUGAAAAUAUUUCCCGUAAAUUCAAUGUGCGGGUCGUAGGACUUGAAACUGGCAUGGAAGCGGGCAACCCAAAUUCAUUUUUUUUUUUUUUUUUUCAUUUAGCAGACGCUCUUAUCCAGAGCGACUUACAGGAGCAAUUAGGGUUAAGUGCCUUGCUCAAGGGCACAUCGACAGAUUUUUCACCUAGUCGGCUCGGGGAGAAGCUGGGUCCCAUGCCUCUAAUUAACGUUGUGCACCGCACAGGUCCUCUUCAGAAUGGGUCUUGCUCACAGGAGGUUGGUAGCACCUUUAAUUGGGGAGGACGGGCUCAUAGUAAUGGCUGGAACGGAUUAAAUGGAACGGUAUCGAGCUCAUCAAACACACGGAAACCAUGUUUGAUACCAUUCCAUCCACUCCAUUCCAGCCAUUAUUAUAAUGAGCCGUCCUCCCCUCAGCAGCCUCCUGUGGUCUCGCUGUAUAAUUGUGCGAAUCCACAGUUUUUAAGUCAAACAGCGAAUUGUUCGUCUUGCAAUGGAAUCGGGGGCUCUGACCUAUGCUAAGAAGAGGAUCUGCUGAAACGGAGGGCGACCUACAGCGAGUUGAGAUCCCAGCUACGCCAGCUAAAACUGAGAUGCGGCUUCAUCCACCCGGCAAAACUCAUCUUGACCUUUCGGAACACAACACACAUUUUCCACUGCCAAGGAGGCUCGAGACUUCUUCGAGAAUCACAUCAAACCCAACGCACAAGGGGAUGAGCCGACAGAUGGAAUCCCAAUGUGACUGGCUCAAUAUUCCGGUAAGCUAUCCGUGCACAUCACGCAGCCGAGCAAAUGGCGGCUAUGAUGCUGCCCUCAGCAUAAGACAAUGACUAGGACACCCCAUCGAGUGGCUACAAGGAACAUUAUUGCUGAGCAUUGGACUUUGUUGUUGUUAUUAUAAUAUUUCCUAUGGAACGGGAGGACAUUAACACAGUGAUGACACCACGCCAAUUAAUGGACAAUGUUGAGGUGACAAACGUACUAGCGCUGCUUCCUUGUGGGGCUACAGCGCAUUGAAUCCCUACAUGGGCUAAAUAUGGCAAUAGAAAUUGGAAGCUAUUCCCCUACAAUUAGUUUAUUAAUGCUACUGCUAAAGAGAGAUGGCCAGUCCCACAGGGGGCUUCUUACCCCACAGGGGGCUUCUUACCCCACAGGGGGCUUCUUACUACACAAUAGUAUUCUUUUCAUCUUCUUCUUCUGUUGAUUGCUAUAGCAAUUAUCUCCCAGGGAGGACGGCCUACAGGCCCUGAUGAAUUACUAUGAAGAUUUAGAUUAUAGACUGCAUUUAGAUUAUAGACUGCAUUUAGAUUAUAGACUGGUCUAAAUUAAAGACUGAUUUAGAUUAUAGACUGGUCUAGAUUAUAGACUGAAUUUCUUUUUGACAUUGUUUGAUAGUUAACCUAAAAAUGAGGAAAAUGAUGUGCAUAACCAUAUGCUUGAAAAAAGACAAAUUAGAGCUAUUGCCUACUCUAAGCUCUAUUGCUCUACAGCGUUAGCUCCUACAGGCAUUGCCCUACAAAUCCUAUUACUCCUAUUACACGUCUAUUGCUCUACAUGUACAGCGUCUAUUGUCUACGCAUUAUGCCCCUACAUCUACAGCGCUUUCCCAUCUCGCGUCCUAUGUCCUAUUAAUACACUGGCCUACAUCUACAGCGUCCUAUUGCUCCUACAGCGUCCUAUUGCUCCUACAGCGUCCUAUUGCCCCUACAUCUACAGCGUCCUAUUGCUCCUACAUCUACAGCGUCCUAUUGCUCAUACAUCUACAGCGUCCUAUUGCUCCUACAUUUACAGCGUCCUAUUGCCCCUACAUCUACAGCGUCCUAUUGCUCCUACAUCUACAGCGUCCUAUUGCUCCUACAUCUACAGCGUCCUAUUGCUCCUACAUCUACAGCGUCCUAUUGCUCCUACAUUUACAGCGUCCUAUUGCCCCUACAUCUACAGCGUCCUAUUGCUCCUACAUCUACAGCGUCCUAUUGCUCCUACAUCUACAGCGUCCUAUUGCUCCUACAUCUACAGCGUCCUAUUGCUCCUACAUCUACAGCGUCCUAUUGCUCCUACAUCUACAGCGUCCUAUUGCUUCUACAGCGUCCUAUUUCUCCUACAGCGUCCUAUUUCUCCUACAGAAUCCUAUUGCUCCUACAUCUACAGCGUCCUAUUGCUCCUACAGUAUCCAUCCAGAGAUCUGUAUAUAAUGAUGAGAUGCUCAUGUCUAUGCCGUAAAAAUGGGAGUCGUUGUCCCAUGGUGGGAAGGCAGGUGACAAGCUUAGGUCCAAAAUAAGCCCAUAGAAACGCAUUGUGCUUCUUUUGGACAGAUUUUGUCGAGAGUGAAACCUCUCGCUUCGCCUCUUCCUCUCUGAUCUGUCUCUGAGCCGGGAAAAGCUGGCGCAAUGGAUUAUGGUCAUUGUAGUUAAUUACCAAGUUUCUGUGCUGAAGUAGGUUAAAUAUUUGCUUAAUAUUCUCCCUUUAGCCCAGAGUCCCACAUAGUUCUUGACUUGAUUUAUCUCGUAAAUGAUUUGAUUUCUCUCUAGAGAAAUGGCGCCUUGGGCUCAGAAUACCCCCAAAAUGUAAUUCAAGUAAUUGAAGCGACGUUGAUCAAUAAGUUGUUUAAUAAGCCCCCCCAAAAAACGAAAGGUCUGUUAGUCGCUCAGCGCAAACACUAUCGCAAUAAUAAUAAUUUGGUUGUGUUUAUAAAGGUCUUGGUUAACAGUAGAAUACACAUUUUUUUUCUUCAGAUAACACAAUAGCAUUUUCAUUAGUUUAUUUUACUGUAGGCUAUAUGUAAAAAAAAAUACUACUAAUAAUUAAAGUGUUCAGUCAAUUUUAUUGGUGGAGUGCCUUUGUUACAUGAAACAGAAGAAAAACUAAAAUACACCAAGACACAUGGUCAGCAAGACGCCUUGUCAAAUGAUGAAAACAUCGGUAGCCUAAACAUCAUAAGCACCAAGUGUGCUUGAUAAAUAGUGAUAAUCAGCACAAAAGCAAUAAUGGCCUUAUGAUGAAUAUAAGUUUAGAUAUGACGGCAGGAAAAAUAGUCAAUUAUUUAUAAGUUGGAUACCCAUGGCGAAUUUGUCGGUUUCCAGGCUUCACGUUCUCGUUUCUUUGUAAUAAAAACUGAGGUAACGUAUGAUCUCUCUGAGGCGAUCCCGUGACGUGAUCUCUCUGAGGCGAUCCCGUGACGUGAUCUCUCCAAAGAAUAGUAUCCCAUACAUGUCUGACCAGAAGCUCUCCAUAUACACGCUCUUUCCACCGAAUGCUCCACGGACAUACAGGAUUGAAAUGAACGCUUCCAGCUCAUCAACAGACAGAUCCCAGGCGGUGUCUCCUUGCUCCCGGUACGCCUCAGCCACAGGGCAGUCCCUGAUCCCAGGCGGUGUCUCCUUGCUCCCGGUGCGCCUCAGCCACAGGGCAGUCCCUGAUCCCAGGCGGUGUCUCCUUGCUCCCGGUGCGACUCAGCCACAGUGCAGUCCCUGAUGUGCUGUAGCAUGUCCAUGUCUUGUAACAAAAAAAGCUGGUGUGUGCUUUGCUAAUGUGUUUUUUUUUUUGCUUGAGAUUUUAAGGCCUACUCUCUCUCAGUGAUGAUAAUUUUGUGCUGAUAAUCGGCCAUAGCAUUGUCACCGGCUAGUUCUAUUCCAAACGGGGGCCGUCCCUUCCUCUCUCCCGUCUCACCGUGGUGGCGCGGGCACCUGCUCAGCGUGCACCGUUCUGGCUUUUUUGUGCUCAGGCCUCGGAGGUGUAGGUUCAGGCUGAGGCUUGGAAUCAGAAGAAUAAUCAUCAGUGAUGUCAUGAUUCAUUUCUUCCCCACCAUCUGAGUGGUUUUCAUCCAGAUCUUGUAGCAGCGCUAACGCACCACGUGCAUCCAUUCGUCUUGGUCUUCUUGCCAUUGUAAUUUAUUCACACUCUCACUGUGUACUCCAAGUAGGCCAGAGUAGACUGAUAUAUAGGGUACGUACCAUUUUGAGAUUAUUAUUAGAAUAGCUCAAUACAAUAGAAUGACCUUCUUCAUUCACAACUGGUGAUUACAUAAUUAUGCAUCGUUCGCAGCCCCUCGCUCAUCAACUCACCCAUUCUCCCCCAUCAUACUUCAUUUAUUUAAUCUGUUAUAUGUGUGAAGUUAGUUUCGGUAUAGUUUAGGUUCAGUUUCGAGGCAAUUAUCAGGGUGAUUAUCAGCUGGGCACUGCACUUUGAACUGUUGGGAGAAGGAGGGAAGCGGGCCCUACUGUUGGGAGAAGGAGAGGAGCAGGCCCUACUGUUGGGAGAAGGAGGGGAGCGUGCCCUACUGUUGGGAGAAGGAGGGGAGCAGGCCCUACUGUUGGGAGAAGGAGGGGAGCAGGCCCUACUGUUGGGAGAAGGAGGGGAGCAGGCCCUACUGUUGGGAGAAGGAGGGGAGCAGGCCCUACUGUUGGGAGAAGGAGGGGAGCAGGCCCUACUGUUGGGAGAAGGAGGGGAGCAGGCCCUACUGUUGGGAGAAGGAGCGGAGCAGGCCCUACUGUUGGGAGAAGGAGGGGAGCGUGCCCUACUGUUGGGAGAAGGAGAGGAGCAGGCCCUACUGUUGGGAGAAGGAGGGGAGCAGGCCCUACUGUUGGGAGAAGGAGGGGAAUAGGCAGGCCCUACUGUUGGGAGAAGGAGGGGAGCAGGCCCUACUGUUGGGAGAAGGAGGGGAGCAGGCCCUACUGUUGGGAGAAGGAGGGGAGCAGGCCCUACUGUUGGGAGAAGGAGGGGAGCAGGCCCUACUGUUGGGAGAAGGAGGGGAGCAGGCCCUACUGUUGGGAGAAGGAGGGGAGCAGGCCCUACUGUGGGAGAAGGAGGGGAGCAGGCCCUACUGUUGGGAGAAGGAGGGGAGCAGACCCUACUGUUGGGAGAAGGAGGGGAGCAGGCCCCUACUGUUGGGAGAAGGAGGGGAUCAGGCCCUACUGUUGGGAGAAGGAGGGGAGCAGGCCCUACUGUUGGGAGAAGGAGGGGAGCAGGCCCUACUGUUGGGAGAAGGAGGGGAGCAGGCCCUACUGUUGGGAGAAGGAGGGGAGCAGGCCCUACUGUUGGGAGAAGGAGGGGAGCAGGCCCUACUGUUGGGAGAAGGAGGGGAGCAGGCCCUAACUGUUGGGAGAAGGAGGGGAGCAGGCCCUACUGUUGGGAGAAGGAGGGGAGCAGGCCCUACUGUUGGGAGAAGGAGGGGCAACGGGGGAAAACCAUUCAAAAAAUGACAUGACCUCCUUAAACUGGUUAUAACUCCAGUUCUGUUUGUGAUGUUAAGAUUCUAACACCGACAGUGUGUUCUAUAGACUUAUUUAGGAAAAGUCAAGGACGGAGGGCGUCAUGACCUUUUAAAAAUGAUAACAAACUUGCGAAGAGGGAAAGACGUAGACUUUAAAUUGUAUUUCCAGGCACUAGCAUUUCGCCACAUCCUAAAUUUGUUUAGACAUGAUUUUUCUGCCCCCUGGCUGAGUUUAGAGAGAAAUAUGGUGCCUUCCUACUGCCCUGGAAGAGGUGGUCUUCACUGAUAUAUCCCUUAAACAAUGUAAAUUACACUUUGGUCCCAUUAUUGCGCAAAUAAUUCAUAUUUGGCACAAAAUUGAAAAACAAUGUAACUGGGAAUCAAAAUGGCGUGCCCAUACUCCAAUACUUCACAGUAACGCCUUGCGAUCCGGAGGUCAGCCUUUUGCAGCCCCCGAAAUGGUCCAAAGGUAGAAUCCAUACCCUUACUGAUAUCAACUCAUUCUUUCUAUAUUUACAACUUAGGUCAGCUACAGUAUGCUGGACCAUGGAGUCCCUUGGGAAACCCAACUACCGAACCAUCCAAUGAUGGGAUUUAUAAAUAAAUUAUCUGGCCUCCCAAAAGGACUGAUCUCUAUAAUAUAUAAACAACUUUUGGAAAGCUCAUAUUCUGAGCUAGCCAUUAAAAAAGUAUGAUCCACAGAUCUAAUUGAAUCUGAACAACCCUUUUUAACUGGAACAGAAUAUGGAAAAAAAUAUGACCUCGUCAUCCUGUGAUCUGAACCGUCAAUUUAGACAUGUUAAGUUUGUUCACAGACUGUAUUUGAACAACAAGGAAACAUUUUAUGAUGAAAUUGGCCCCAACUCCCAACUGUUCACUGUGUCCCCUAAAUCAGGUAGGCACAUUCCUUCAUAUGAUGUUGGGGUGCCCUGCAGUUCAAUGCUUCUGGGGCAAAGUUACAGAAUUCAUUUCGAAGUGCAUGAAUGUAAUUAACGAUGGUAGUUCCUUGAAUCUCUCAAUAGAUCAGAGAAGGACAACUGAGGCCUGGAUAAAUAUACUUGACUCUGUAAAGUAUAAUCUCAGCUAAUCUCAGCGGGGUUGGUGGUUUUAAAAACAUGGUUAUUAUUACUUAAACUCUGUAUGUUUUAAGUAAUGAUACGGGUACAUGUUUUAUGAACUUAAACAUUUUAAAUGUAUAAUGUAGGGCCUCCUGUAGCUCAGUUGGUAGAGCAUGGCGCUUGCAACGCCAGGGUUGUGGGUUCGAUUCCCACGGGGGGCCAGUAUGAAAAAUGUAUGCACUCACUAAAACUGUAAGUCGCUCUGGAUAAGAGCGUCUGCUAUCAACAACUAAUUACAAAACAAAUCAAACCUAUUUUGGGGCUUAGUUUUGGUCAAUUUGCAGUGUACAAAUUAAUUUUUUUCCCGCCACCCGACCAUUCGUUCCAACAAAAAAUCGUCCCGUGGCUGAAUCUAGUUGCCUACCUCUUAUGUAGGCAGAGUAAACCUCCUGAGUGGACUGUGUAAUGUUGUUACUGUAGUGGAUAAGAGGAACUUAAUGGGUAAGGGAUACAGUGGUGUUCCUCAGAGAGACUGUCCUGUCCUGUCCUGUCCUGUCCUGCGGGUGGCCUUUUGGGUUGAGUGGUUCACCUGACUGACUGUCCUGUCUCUCGUGCUGUCCUCAGAUCAGUCCCAGGGCCAUGUUGUUCGGCCACACCGCCUCCAUCACCUGCCUGUCUAAAGCCAGCCCCUGCAGUGACAAGCAGUACAUCGUCAGCGCCUCAGAGAGUGGGUGAGUAGAGUACACUAGGUCUACACCACAGUGAGUACACUAGGUCUACACCACAGUGAGUACACUAGGUCUACACCACAGUGGUUACACUAGGGUCUACCACCACAGUGAGUACACUAGGUCACACCACAGUGAGUACACUAGGUCUACACCACAGUGAGUACACUAGGUCUACACCCACAGUGAGUACACUAGGUCUACACCACAGUGAGUACACUAGGUCUACACCACAGUGAGUUACACUAGGUCUACACCACAGCUAGGUCCACACCACAGUGAGUACACUAGGUCUACACCACAGUGAGUACACUAGGUCCACACCACAGUGAGUACACUAGGUCUACACCACAGUGAGUACACUAGGUCUACACCACAGUGAGUACACUAGGUCCACACCACAGUGAGUACACUAGGUCUACACCACAGUGAGUACACUAGGUCUACACCACAGUGAGUACACUAGGUCCACACCACAGUGAGUACACUAGGUCCACACCACAGUGAGUACACUAGGUCCACACCACAGUGAGUACACUAGGUCCACACCACAGUGAGUACACUAGGUCCACACCACAGUGAGUACACUAGGUCCACACCACAGUGAGUACACUAGGUCCACACCACAGUGAGUACACUAGGUCUACACCACAGUGAGUACACUAGGUCUACACCACAGUGAGUACACUAGGUCCACACCACAGUGAGUACACUAGGUCCACACCACAGUGAGUACACUAGGUCCACACCACAGUGAGUACACUAGGUGUACAACCCACUUCAGUGUGUGUGUGUACUCUUCUGAGUGACGGUGAGUAAUGGGUAGUAAGUAAGUUCUCAGCAUAUGUGGAAACUCCUUCAAAACUGUUGGAGAAGCAUUCCAGGUGAAGCUGGUUGAGAGAAUGCCAAGAGUGUGCAAAGCUGUCAUCAAGGCAAAGGGUGGCUACUUUGAAGAAUAUAAAAUAUAAAAUAUAUUUUGAUUUGUUUAACACUUUUUUUGGUUACUACAUGAUUCCAUAUGUGUUAUUUCAUAGUUUUGAUGUCUUCACUAUUAUUAUACAAUGUAGAAAAUAGUAAGAAAUAAAUAAAACCCCUGGAAUGAGCAGGUGUGUCCAAACAUUUGACUGGUACUGUAUGUGAUGUGUGGUAAUGAAUAGUAGUGACUGCUCUAAUGAAGUCUAUCUGCUUUGUGUGCAGGGAGAUGUGCUUGUGGGAUGUCAACGAUGGACGCUGUAUUGAGUUCACAAAGCUGGCCUGCGCUCACACAGGGAUCCAGGUAACGUAUAUGACCCUACAUUUUCUCACCACAUAUCUGUAGGCCAUGGCUCUUUCCAUUUCUUCUUUCCUUGAUUCCUCAUGUCCCCUCUCCUUGGAGGAAAGCGGUUCAAGGAGGAAGUGAGGAAAGAACUGGAAUUGAGGAGAAACAGAUUGAGAAAGAGUUAAUGGUUUAUACUCUAUCCCUUCUAAACCACACAUGUCCUAUUUUAUCAACUCUGUAUACAAAUCACCUAAUCCUCUCUCAUGACCUAUCACUACUAGUCUCAUGACCUAUCACUAGUCUCAUGACCUAUCACUAGUCUCAUGACCUAUCACUAGUCUCAUGACCUAUCACUAGUCUCAUGACCUAUCACUAGUCCAUGGUGUAUACUGUGUCUCUUCUAAGAGUCUAAUUGACACCCUGUCCUGUCCUCUGCCUAGUUCUACCUGUUCACCAUCAGUACGCAGUCUGCUGUCUGAUGUGAAACCCUAGUCUCACGUUGCCAUACCUCCAAAAUCAAGUUGUGGUCACGCCUCCCUUGAAUGGUCCGCUGGGCAAUAUUUUGAUUGGAUGUUACAUUUCAGGUGUGGUCGACAUUCUGUGAGUUAUAUUUAUUGAAAUUCAAUAAAUAUAACCUAGAAUAUAGCCUGUAUAUAGCCUAGAAAUUGAAAGUGGAGCUAAAACAACUGCCACCCAAGUCAUAUACUGUUCUCUCUGCCACCGCAUGGCAAGUGGUACCAGUCCACCAAGUCUGGAACCAACAGGACCCUGAACAGCUUCUACCCCCAAGCCAUACGACUGCUAAAUAGUUAGUCUGGGUAGCUAUUGGUUAACUAUUUAACUAUCUGCAUUGAACUCUUUUGACUCAUCACAUACACUGCUGCUACUGUUUAUUAUCUAUCCUGUUGCCUAGUCACUUUAUCCCUACCUAUAUGUACAUAUCUACCUCAAUUACCUCGUAACCCUGCACAUCAACUCGGUACUGGUACCCUGUGUAUAUAGCCAAGUUGUCAUAGACUCGGUACUGGUACCUCGUGUGUGUAUAUAGCCAAGUUAUUACCUGGUACCUCGUGUAUAUAGCCAAGUUAUUACCUGGUACCUCGUGUAUAUAGCCAAGUUAUUACCUGGUACCUCGUGUAUAUAGCCAAGUUAUUACCUGGUACCUCGUGUAUAUAGCCAAGUUAUUACCUGGUACCUCGUGUAUAUAGCCAAGUUAUUACCUGGUACCUCGUGUAUAUAGCCAAGUUAUUACCUGGUACCUCGUGUAUAUAGCCAAGUUAUUACCUGGUACCUCUUGUAUAUAGGCAAGUUAUUACCUGGUACCUCGUGUAUAUAGCCAAGUUAUUACCUGGUACCUUGUGUAUAUAGCCAAGUUAUUACCUGGUACCUCGUGUAUAUAGCCAAGUUAUUACCUGGUACCUCGUGUAUAUAGCCAAGUUAUUACCUGGUACCUCGUGUAUAUAGCCUAGUUAUCGGCACUCAUUUUGUUUUUAUUCCUUGCGUAAUUUUUUUCUCUCUGCGUUGUUGGGAAGGUCCCGUAAGUAAGCAUUUCACUGUCUACUCCUUUUCUUUACGAAGCAUAUGACAAAUAACAUUUGAUUUGAUUUCAAACUCUAAACUCACACAUUGUUUACAUGUUGAGCUAUACAUGUAAGUUCUCCAAUUUUAAAAUGAUACCAGUAGACAAGGUAUAUGAGGCAAACCGUGUACCAGAUUUUGUACAUGCCUUUUUAAGUGCUGACAUAAAAUCGUUUAGUGCAAAUCCAACCCUUGUAAUUUAGGUACAGUAUCAAAAUAAGGACAUGACAAUUAGGCUACAUGAGAUGAGCAUUACAGGUAACAUUUUAUGAGGGUCAUUUUAUUUAAUUCAUUUUAGCAAUGUUGCGUGCAAAAAUAAUUGCUGUUUUCCCAUAGAUAAACAGUACAUGGUUGCGCUAUGUAUCACUGACCCUGGAUAAGCUAGCGACUGUGCUAACACAGCUAACCUUUUAGGUCAAUAAUAUGCCGUUUUUUUUAAUUAAGAUUUAGUUGGUUUUAUAGUCGGGAGGGAAAUUGAAGUAACUAGCUAGUUAGUUAUACCUCGGUAGCUUACAAGGUUAGCUGACUUGAUCCUCAUUAUGGCUAGCUUCUACCUGUCCCUCACGCUAGCCUUUACGGCCAACUGUCACAUCAAAAUAUUUAUAUUGCCGACAUUGUAGACCAUUUCUCCCCUCUUGCUGCAGCUUUUAUUUCAUCUGGAAAUAACAGAGAAAUGCUGUGAAAACCAGCGUACUGCAAACGUUAUAAACUAUUUUUUCACCAGUCAAUCAAUCAAUCAAUUUUAUUUUAUAUAGCCCUUCGUACAUCAGCUGAUAUCUCGAAGUGCUGUACAGAAACCCAGCCUAAAACCCCAAACAGCUAGUAAUGCAGGUGUAGAAGCACGGUGGCUUGUUUUGUUGAAAGGUUUAGUCCUCACGCACUGUUGCUCCUACGGCACUAAUCUAGCGAGCCGAGCACCUUUUGGAGCUCCGCCCAACAAAGGCAUUUGAUUGGUUUGAUGUGUUGCGAGGUGUCACUGAUUUACACCCUCUUUAGCUGUUUUCUGCCAUGGAACUUUUUAAUAAUAAUAAUAAUAAUAAUAAUAAUAAUAAUAUGCCAUUUAGCAGACGCUUUUAUCCAAAGCGACUUACAGUCAUGCGUGCAUACAUUUUUGUGUAUGGGUGGUCCCGGGGAUCGAACCCACUACCUUGGCGUUACAAGCGCCGUGCUCUACCAGCUGAUGCUCUUAUCCAGAGCGACUUACAAAUUGGUGCAUUCAACUUAUGAUAGCAAGUGGGACAACCACUUUUUUUUUCUUUUUUUUAUGGGGGGUGGGGGAAGAAGGAUUACUUUUAUACUAUUCCAGGUAUUCCUUAAAGAGGUAGGGUUUCAAGUGUCUCCGGAAAUUCCCCAGGAUUCCCAAUUUAGGGAAACCUGGUUGGCGACGUGGCUAGUGAAACCCUGACAUUAUCACUAGUCCAUUGUUUAUAUUGUCUCCUUUAUGAGUCUGUCACUGGUCCUGUCCUCUACCUAGUUCUACCUGUUCACCAUCGGUAUCCAGCGUGAGGGCCGUCUGCUGUGAAACUGACAUUACCCAGAGAUCAUAGCUGCUACUAGCCUUGGCACUAACCCCAACCCUCCCUCUGCUCCUCUCCUCUGUCUAGUUCUACCAGUUCACCAUCGGUACGCAGCGUGAGGGCCGUCUGCUGUGUAACGGACAUUACCCAGAGAUCCUAGUGGUGGACGCCACCAGCCUUGAGGUCCUCUACUCCCUCCUCUCUAAGAUCUCUCCUGAUUGGAUCAGCUCCAUGAGCAUCAUACACUCACAUCGCACACAAGGUCAGUCAACUUCAUACAAUACUAUGCUAUGCAUCAUACGCUCACACCACACACACACACACACACACACACACACACACACACACACAAGGUCAGUCAACCAUAGGGUUCCAAAAUUUCAGGAACUUUCCCAGGUUUUUCAAAGAUCCCGGUUGGAUGAUUGCCAGAAAUCAGUAGGGAAUAAGCAGGGAGGGAAUCCUCUAACUGGGAUUUCUGAAAAUAUAACUGAACUUUAACUGAACUUUGCGCCCCUAGUCCACCACCGCGGCUAACAUCAGCCACUCUAGCGAUCGUCUAGGAACAGUCCACUAACACUACUAAAGCCCUAUUAGUUAGAGCUCUAUUGAUUAUGGUAACGUUGUUCAACCGUCAUGGUCAGUAUGUCUGUAUUGAGCCGUUGAUAGUUGAUGCAAACGGUUAACUCCUGCCUUAAAACCACUCAGACUAAAAUGUAUCGGUCUGUGCUCACGACCGAAUUAGAUUUGUACAUGGCGUUAUCACCCCAAUUCUUCUUUUGCAAAAAAGCACUUAUUAAACAAAUAUAGUCACUGUUAGACUGACAAUGCCUGUGUGUGUGAUAUAUUUUCAGAGGACACCGUGGUAGCGGUAUCAGUCAGUGGGAUACUGAAGGUGUGGAUCAUCACACAGGAUCUCAGCAGGAUGCAGGUAGAGUGGGACUGAGGCACAUCACCCACGACUGGAUGUCAUUAUGAUCAUGCUGUUAGCUACCACACUAUGCUCAUAUUAACCAGGAUUUGUUCCAGCUAAUAUCAUGACUAUUGGGACUGAUUUUUAUUGUUACUGGGACACAUGCAGACAAUUCAAAUGUCUCUUAUGGCUCUAAUGUGGUUUUCGUGGACCCCCCCAGAACAUUAGCUGGGUCGCUAAAGGGGGAUGGAAAUAAAUAACAAUGUUCAGUCCCAUCUAAGUGUGUGUUUCUCCCUGUCCCCACCAGGACCUGGACCCAGUGUUUGAGGAAGAGUCUAAGCCCAUCUACUGUGGGGGCUGUCAGAGCAUCUCUUUCUGCACCUUCACACAGCUCUCUCUGCUGGUGGUCUGCUCCAAGUACUGGAGGGUAAGAGGCUGGAUGGCAUGCUCCCUGGGUCUCCCUUACUGCCCCCGGUUGGAACAUUCAUAGAAUCACACUGUAGACCCUUAGAUUUAAGCCUGGUCAAAGAUCUGUUGAUGCUCUAUAACCAACUCGUCUGGUUGUUGUCAAUAUGACAGUAGGAGUUGGCAAGACGGCACAAAUAGAUCUGGGAUUAGGCUACGGUUAGCGUAGCUUUGUUUUGAGUCUUUGGCAUGGGGUUGCAACAACUCCUAAUCUUUGACUAACAUAUCCUGAAAUGUGUGUGUGUGUCAGGUGUUUGAUGCAGGGGACUAUUCCCUGCUGUGCUCCGUGCCCAGUGAGAACGACCAGUCCUGGACAGGAGGAGACUUCAUCGCUGCUGACAAGGUCAUCAUCUGGACAGAGGACGGAUGCUCCUACAUCUACAAGCUCCCCGCUAGGUGAGGAGGAACAAAAUAAACUGUAUAGGAGAGAUUUAUUAUGGUGUCUGUUAUACUGAUGUCUGUUAUACUGCUGUCUGUUAUACUGCUGUCUGUUAUACUGGUGUCUGUUAUACUGUGUCUGUUAUACUGUUGUCUGUUAUACUGCUGUCUGUUAUACUGCUGUCUGUUAUACUGCUGUCUGUUAUACUGCUGUCUGUUAUACUGCUGUCUGUUAUACUGUUGUCUGUUAUACUGCUGUCUGUUAUACUGUUGUCUGUUAUACUGUUGUCUGUUAUACUGCUGUCUGUUAUGUUGUCUGUUAUACUGUUGUCUGUUAUACUGCUGUCUGUUAUACUGCUGUCUGUUAUACUGCUGUCUGUUAUACUGGUCUCUGUUAUACUGGUGUCUGUUAUACUGCUGUCUGUUAUACUGCUGUCUGUUAUACUGCUGUCUGUUAUACUGCUGUCUGUUAUACUGGUCUCUGUUAUACUGGUGUCUGUUAUUAUGGUGUCUGUUAUACUGCUGUCUGUUAUACUGCUGUCUGUUAUACUGCUGUCUGUUAUACUGUUAUACUGCUGUCUGUUAUACUGCUGUCUGUUAUACUGCUGUCUGUUAUAA